AUGAGCUGCACCUAUGUCACCCUCUCCACAGGGCAGAAGAUGCCCAUUGUGGGACUUGGGACCUGGAAAAGUGCCCCAGGACAGGUUAAGCAGGCAGUUCUGAGUGCUGUGGACUGCGGUUACAGACACAUUGACUGCGCAGCCGCAUAUGGCAACGAGCACGAGGUUGGAGAGGCCUUGAAAGAGAGAGUGGGGCCUGACAAGGCCCUCCGACGAGAGGAUGUGUUUGUGACAUCCAAGCUGUGGAACACUCAGCACCACCCUGACGAUGUGGAACCUGCCUGCAAGAAGAGCCUCACUGACCUGGGCCUCAGCUACCUGGAUCUCUACCUCAUGCACUGGCCCAUGGCCUUCCAGAGGGGGGCCGAGGUGAUGCCACGCAACGCAGACGGAACCAUCCGCUAUGGGUACACCCACUACAGGGACACGUGGAAGGCCAUGGAAAUGCUGGUGGAGCAGGGUCUGGUGAAGGCCAUCGGACUCUCCAACUUCAACGCCAGGCAGGUCGACGACAUCCUCAGCAUCGCCAAACACAAACCCGUGGUAAACCAGGUGGAGUGCCACCCGUACCUGAUCCAGGCCCAGCUGCUGGCUCACUGUUGGGACCGAGGGGUGAUGAUGACAGCGUACAGCCCCCUCGGCUCCCCUGACCGACCCUGGGCUGCCCCUGGCGAGCCACAGCUCUUGGAGGACCCCCGCGUGGUCAGCAUUGCCAGCCGAUAUGGCAAGACUCCUGCCCAGGUCAUCAUCAGGUGGCAAGUGCAAAGAGGAGUCAUCUGUAUCCCUAAAAGCGUCACUCCCUCCAGAAUUCAACAAAACAUUCAGGUAUUUGACUUCAACCUAUCAAAUGAAGAUAUGAAGCAGAUUGAAUCCUUUAACAGAAACGAGAGGCUUAUAAUUCCAACAAUAGAAAAAGAUGGAAAGAAGGUGUGGAGAGAUGCAGCCCACCCUCAUUUCCCCUUCCAUGACCCACACUGACCACCGCUCUCUAAAGGCUUUUUCACAUGCUAUGAUUUCUGGUCCAAAUGCAGCUCUUCUUAUUUGCCCUUUUGAGUUGACAUGAACUUGCCAUCAUUCUUGGAGAAAUCUGGGCACGCUGAAUUGAUACCUCAACCUAGAACCUACAAUUGUGUCAUGUGUCAGGUCGAAUGAGUGACAAAUGAUUGUUUUUUUCUGUGCACCCUGAUUGCUGUAAUAUAAAUCAAUCAAUUUGUGCUGAUCUCCACAUUGAGCAGGGUUUCAUGAGAAGUGAUGGACUGCCAACAACAAAUGAAUGCCUCUAUUGCUGCUUUUCACUGUGGUUUGUACAGAACACCAACAACUUUUUAAAAUUUUUUAU